ACGCACACAUUUCCAUUCCUAUAAUGCAACCUUAUUUAUUUCUGAUUUGGUCCAUAAUGGAACAUUUUUACUCAGCUAAUUUCCAUAUACACAUGCAUUAUUAUCAAUGUCAAUGUUACGUAACUAGUUUUUUUUUCGAAAUACCAGAUACGUCCGUUUAAAAGUUUCCUUUUUCAGGAUAUCCGAUAUGGAAACAGUAAUCAGUGAUAGUAAUGAUUGGAGAGAUGACAAAUCUGUUCGUGAAUGUUUAUCAUAUAUGUUGAAGCAUGAAAUAAUGUGUGAUGUCAUAUUUCUUGUUGGAAGUGAGAAAAAAGCCAUACCAGCCCAUAAAAUCAUUUUAGCCAGCAGAAGUCCUGUUUUCUUUACUAUGUUUGAAGGUUCACUACCAGAGAAAGGGGAAAUUGCAGUACCUGAUAUUGAUGAAAAAACGUUUCGAGUUCUACUGCAGUAUAUAUACUGUGACGAAGUAAACGUUACAUCUGAAAAUAUGCAAGAUUUGUUGUAUGCUUCUGAUAAAUAUAUGUUGUUCAAAGUCAAGUCCGAAUGCGAACAAAGAUUGAAAGAAACUGUAACAACAUCUGACCCUUUGAAAACUCUUCAAACUGCAAUGGAAUUCAACAUGGAAGAACUAAAAUCGGAAAGUAUAAGGUACAUCGAAAAAAAUGCUGACAAAUGUUUAUUUUCAGAGUUAGCGUUGAAACUAUCCAGUGAAUGCGUAGAAGAAAUUUUAAAAUCAGAAUAUCUCAGCUGCACUGAAACUGAUGUUUGCCAGUUUAUACUGGAAUGGGCAACGUACCAGUGCGCCACAUCUGAGAGAGAAGUUAUAGGAGAAAACAUACGUUCAGUUCUGAAAAACCUAUUGUUCUUGGUGAGGUUUCCUCUGGUGGAAAAAGAAUACUUUGUGAAGAACUUUAUGCCAUUGAAAGUAUUAAAAGAAGAAGAAAUCAUAAGUAUGUUUACAGCGCCUUUUACGGAUGAAAGACCAUUGUUUAAAUCAAUUUCCCGAACGCCAGUUUCUGAAAGGACAUUAUAUCGUCUAGAACGGCAUCGUGCUAUUGACAAUUGCAGGCGAAAAACAGACCAAACUGAUGCACUAGGAAUUCGAGUAGACAAACCUAUCUGGUUUAAAGGGGUUAUAAUUUAUGGUGGAUAUGGAACUCAAUCUGUAUCACAUCCUCCGUGUUACAUUUUUAAUAGUACUAGUACCAUAUCAUUACUAAAUAGUGCAGGCGAAAAAUGUUAUGAGAGGAAUGCUCCAAUAUUAUCAACGGAAUCCAGUAAAACGCUAGAUGUUUAUAUUAAUAAUCCAUUUCAAUUAAAAGCAAACACAUCAUACACAUUAUUGGUAAAAAAUAUAAACUUUACGUCUUAUUUUGGGAAGGAUUGUAAAACAACAUGCACCAGUAAUGGUGUAACAGUCACAUUUAGAAACUCUCCAAUGUGUACAACAGACACUAACACUAAUACAGGACAAAUUGCUGGACUUUUAUUUAGCAUAUAGCCACACAAUACAAUUGAAACAAAGAUGUACAUAAGAAAAAUAUGUAUUCGGCUUGGCUUUCAGCGUUCCUGAUGAAGGUAAAUCCAGAAAAGCCCUUCGGACACAUGAAAUUUAUAGCGUGUUGGUUUUUGUUUUAUUUGUUAUUUGUAAAUUUAAGCAAUAUAUUCUAAAUAUUUUGAAUAUCAACAAAAAUAGAUGUUAUUGUACUUUGUAAUUUUAUAAUGAUAACUACUUAAAUGAAUGAAUUUAAA